UAUUUGCUCAACCAGGAAGCUGUGACGUGUUUUGCACACGGCCCGCAAGUAGCUCUCGCCGCAGGGCCCAGUGAAGCGUACUCCAGUCUGCGAUCGGUAUUUGGGAUACCACUUUGACGUCGUUCGCUCAGGCCUCACAAAUUUAAGUCAUGGCAGACGAAAAAAAUCCCGGGGGUGCGCCACCAGCCAACCAACCGCCACCGGUUGCCUACCCUCAAGGAGCACCCCCACCCUACGCUCAAGGACCUCCCCAGCCAGCUCCUUACCCUCAAGCUGGAGGCUACCCCCCGGCUGGCGGCUACCCACAAGGACAACAACAAACAACCGUGGUUCUACAACAACCUGGCUAUGGUGUUGGCCCCGUGCCAGGGUCAACGAUGCGCUACCGGACCGCCCCCGCCCUCAUCAUAUGCCAGCACUGCAACGCCACCGUGACGACAAGCAUGACGUACGAGACUGGUCUUCUCACCUGGGCUGCUGCCGGGAUCAUCUGUCUGUUUGGCUGCUGGCUAGGAUGUUGCCUUAUUCCCUUCUGCGUUGACGCCAGCAAAGACGUCAAUCACAGCUGCCCCAAUUGCAGACAGAUCGUCGGCAAAUUCCGCCAGUUCAGUUAAAUCGUCCUUUUGGGUUCUUCCUUCCGGUGGCCUUAUUUCGAAUGAGAUUCAAACUGGGAAUGUCACGUGAUUUCCCAUUCCUGAAGAUAACAAUUUGUUAAGGCCAUACAGAAUUCCAAAGGUUUGUCGAUAUUGUAAGGCACACUUAAGAACAGGUAUAAGAGUAUAAAUCUGUAACAUCUUCACAUAUAUUUACAUAUUGAUCAUGAAAUGAAAAGCCACAUUUAUAUCUUCACGUUAUCAAUUAAUACAUCUGAAAUAUUGUAUCCAUUCACUGAAAUAAAUCAAAAUAACACGGAUGUACAUACUUCCGGUAUAUGCAAGCUAAGCACAGAGAUGGUGAUUGGUGGAUGCCAACUUCUGGGAUAUGAGGAACAGGGCGUUACGGAGUAUGUUCUUAUUCCUUAAUCAGUUUGGUUGUCUGUUGUUUAACGCCGCACUCUGCAGUAUUCCAGCUACAUGGCGGCAGUCUGUAAAUAAUUGAGUCUGGACCAGAAAAUCCAGUGAAAAACAUUAUGACCAUCGAUCUACGCAACUGGGAUACAAUGACAAGUGUCAACCAACUCAGUGAGCCUGACCACCUGAUCUCGUUAAAUCAGGAUUAAAAAUAUACUCCGAAACAUCGUGUUCCUUAUUUUACAGAAGAACAUACAUUGCCAUUCUGCAUGUGUGUAUCACUUCUAAACGUCACCCAAAGACUUCAUGACGUAACGGUAACACAAGUGUAUAUAUGAAUGUGUGCUUCUAUUUGUAUUCAGCAUUGUUUACUCCUAACUCUGUCAUUUUUCACUUUAUACAAUCAGUUAUUUUAUUUUUAUUUCCGCCAUAUACAAGUCUAUAGUUACUCACUGGUUUUAGUGAACAGGGCCCUCUUUCACAAAGCGGUCUUAGCACUCAGGCCCUCGUAACUCCCAUACUUUAACGUAGACUCACGACAGCCGUCGCGCCCCAGUCGUUUGUUUGAAAGGGGCCCAUUGGAAUUCGUUGUUAUUGUAGAUCUUGUUAAAAAAACUUUGAUUGGUUUGACCAUCUAUAGUUUUAUUGAUAUGAAAAACACAUUCUUACCAUGAUUAGUAAAAGGAAAAUAUAGGUAUCUGAUAAGGACGACAGCGUUUAUGCAUCUAUGCGUGUGUGCGUGCAUGCAUGCAUGCGUGCGUGUACGUGUGUGUAUGCUAGGGAGGAGAAACUAUUUAGUCAUAUGAAGGAUGUAUGGGGUCAUUGCAAACAAAUAUUUGUUUUUCGGAAUCAUUCCCACAGAGAACGAUUCGAAUGACGAAUAAGCAUUUGCUAAUACUUCCUCACACAGCUAGCAUUGAUAGCGAUACAUUAGACCUCAGCCGAACGCCAUUAGGAAGUAUAUUUUGCAAUUAAGGAUAUUCGGAAUAGGAUGUCAAAUCGUAUAGUCAGGGGAUGAUGACAGGAGCAUAGUCAUAAAAUGAAAUAUAUAUUUUACAUAUUUUUUCACAAAUGAUCUUACAAAAGUUGUUGAAAUGAAAAGUAUAUAAGUCUAUAUACAGUCUAACCACUGAAUAUAGUGUAAACCUGUAGUGGAAUAAGCAAUACGCACGAUAUCGAUGCCUCUCAUUUUCUUCUGUUUGGGGUGUGAUCAGCUGGAACUUACAUUUAUGUCUGCAUCUAUUCGUUUUGUGAUAUUUGUAUAUAAUGAAAUUGAUGCAAUGGAUAACUUUUGUGAUUCAACUAUUUUAUAAUAAAAUCUGUCUUUCCA